ACGAUGGUGGUGGUGAUGCUAAAGAGGCAACAACGAAGAUGGCGUGCUGUCGGAAUUGCUUGUGUUGUCACUGCUGCUGCAGGGAUGAAGAGACCCGUACACCAGAAGAACUGACUAUUCUUGGGGAAACUCAAGACGAGGAGGAUGAGAUCCUUCCCAGAAAAGAUUAUGAGAGCCUGGAUUAUGACCGGUGCAUCAAUGAACCAUAUGUUGAGGUUCUGGAGGGAAUGAACAAUAAGAAAGCCAAAAAGUAUGAAGCUGUGAAGUGGAUGCUGGUGUUUGUCAUUGGAGCUUCAGUAGGCCUGGUGGGCCUUUUUGUGGACUUUUUUGUACACCUCUUCACUCAGCUGAAAUUCAACUUAGUUGGAAAAUCUGUGGAAGAGUGCAGUGAAAACGGCUGCUUGGCUCUGUCACUUCUCGAGCUACUGGCCUUCAACAUGACGUUCAUCUUCAUCGCCAGUGUGUUGGUUCUCAUUGAGCCAGUAGCUGCAGGCUCCGGAAUCCCAGAGAUCAAAAGUUACCUGAACGGAGUGAAGAUCCCAGGAAUUGUCCGUCUGCGGGCAUUCCUGUGCAAGGCCAUCGGAGUACUUUUUACAGUAGCCGGAGGUAUGUUUGUCGGGAAGGAGGGUCCAAUGAUUCAUUGUGGAGCCAUUGUGGGAGCAGGACUCCCACAGUUUCAGAGCAUUACUUUCAAAAAGAUCAACUUUGACUUUCCCUACUUCCGCAGUGACAGAGAUAAGCGGGACUUUGUAUCGGCAGGGGCAGCAGCAGGGGUAGCUGCUGCGUUUGGGGCACCAAUAGGGGGCACCCUCUUCAGCCUUGAGGAAGGUUCUUCGUUCUGGAACCAGGCACUCACCUGGAAGGUGCUCUUCUGCUCCAUGUCGGCUACAUUCACUCUAAACUUUUUCCGCUCUGGGAUCCACUACAACAAAUGGGGAUCAUUUCAGCUACCCGGCCUGCUUAACUUUGGAGAGUUCAAGUGUUUAGAUGGGGAUAAGAAGUGUCAUCUGUGGACGGUGGUGGACCUCGCCUUCUUUGUCCUGAUGGGGGUGGUUGGAGGGCUGUUGGGGGCCUUAUUCAACUUCAUCAACAAGAAGCUGGCCAAGUACCGCAUGAGACACGUCCACCCCAAGGCCAAAUUUGUCAGGGUCCUGGAGAGUCUGCUGGUUGCCAUGGUGACGACAGUGGUGAUAUUCGUAGCAUCCAUGACAUUAGGAGAAUGUCGUGACUUCGCCUCUGCCACAACCAACAACAGCAGUACUGCCCUUGUGACACUCAAUGAAGACAUCAUCAACUCCACCAUCCGCCAGUUUUUUUGUCCCAACAAGACAUACAAUGACAUGGCAACGCUCUUCUUUAACCCUCAGGAAGUGGCCAUCAACCAGCUCUUCCACCAGGACGGUACGUUCAGCCCAGUGACGCUCACAGUGUUCUUUGUGCUGUACUUCCUGUUGGCUUGCUGGACUUACGGUGUGUCCGUGCCCAGUGGCCUCUUUGUGCCCUCACUGCUCUGCGGCGCCGCUUUUGGACGCCUGGUGGCAAACAUCCUCAAAAUAAACCUGGGGAUGGAUAUUUACUCUGGAACCUUUGCCCUGAUUGGAGCAGCCGCCUUCCUGGGAGGAGUGGUCCGAAUGACAAUCAGCCUGACUGUCAUUCUCAUCGAAUCGACCAAUGAGAUCACUUACGGCUUGCCGAUUAUGAUAACCCUCAUGGUGGCCAAGUGGAUAGGGGAUUUCUUCAAUAAGGGCAUCUAUGACAUACAUAUCCAUUUAAGAGGAGUGCCAAUGCUGGAGUGGGAGACAGAGGUGGAGAUGGACAAACUGACAGCCAGUGACAUCAUGGAGCCCAAUCUAACGUACGUGUACCCCCACACGCGCAUCCAGUCCCUGGUGAGCAUCCUGCGCACCACCAUCUACCACGCCUUCCCCGUGGUCACCGAGAACAGGGACAAUGAGCGCGAGUUCAUGAAGGGAAACAUCCUGAUCAGCAACAAUAUUCGCUACAAGAAAGCGAGUGUUCUGACGCGGGCAGGGGAGCAGCGGAGGCGCUGCCAGUCCAUGAAGUCAUACCCGUCCAGUGAGCUGCGCAACGUUUGUGAUGACCCAGCGGCAGCCGUGGUGCCGGCCGUGGAGGAGGGUCAGGACAUGCUGCAGCAGAUGCUGGAGAGAAGACACGUUCCCUACCCUAAUCUGUACCCAGACCAGUCCCCUAGUGAGGAGUGGACCAUGGAGGAGCGAUUCCGACCGCUAACCUUCCACGGCCUGAUCCUACGCUCCCAGCUUGUCAACCUGCUUAUCCGCGGUGUCUGCUAUGCAGAAAACCAGACGAGUGCCACACAGCCUAGGCUGUCCUAUGGUGAGAUGACCGAGGACUACCCCCGUUUCCCAGACAUCCAUGACUUGGACCUGGCCCUCCUCAACCCCCGCAUGAUAGUGGACGUCACACCGUACAUGAACCCAUGCCCUUACACGGUGUCCCCAAACACCCAUGUGUCUCAGGUUUUUAACCUGUUCAGGACCAUGGGCCUCCGACACCUUCCUGUGGUCAAUGCCGUGGGAGAGAUUGUUGGAAUAAUCACACGACACAAUUUAACCCACGAGUUCCUUUUAGCCAAACUCAGACAGCACUACAUAACACUUUGAGAGUCCGGUCUUCAAAGCCAACAAGAGAGACCCACAUCUUGCUGUCCUUGUGGACACAUGCCUUCCUUCAACUGGAUCGCCAUCUACCAGGCUUUUCCAUGUCUUAUCCAUUACCAACUCACACGCACCACACAUGCACCACACACGCACCACACACGCACCACACACACACUACAGCAUCCAGUACACAGCGGGCACACACCUUUCAAAUGGGUGCAUGUGUCAUGUCUGCUGAAGAGCCUUCCUUCAACACAUUACCCCGGGUUCCGUUUCCAUGCUUUACCAACUGACCAACGCUUUAUUUUCAUCACAGCAGCACUUUUGUUUUUCUACUUUUACCUUAACAUUUUUAAGUUUACUAUUUGAAUGUGCUAAACUAUACAUUUGCACAUCAAUUAUUUCAUUGGCCUGCCUAGGCUUCAAUCUAUGUAGUAUUUCCUUGCAGUGUUAUCAAGAGAUCAAGAUUUCACAUUACAGAUAUUUCUGAAUCAAGAUUUGUGAAACAUUUGAACAUAAAAAUGCAUAAUUAAUUGUGUAUUUAAAGCUUAACUGCAAACUGUUACUUUCACAAAUAUUCAAGCAUCAAGGUUCGGAGGAGUGUGUAGGAAGAUUGGACGUCAAGAAUGCAUGAAAUCCACCCAAGAUGAUCAUUUUCUUUAUUUUCUUUUUCUUUUGAUUGUGUGGACCAAGUAAGCCCAAGCAUUUUUUCUAGACUGAAUGAGUGGACAUUUGUCAGUAUUAAGUACCUAUGUAAAACCUAUACUCACUUUAAUUUUACAAUGCAGAGAACCUAUUGGCAAACCAGCAGAGUGGGUUGCUGAGGUAGGGUUGCUGAGGUAGGGUUGCUGAGGUAGGGUUGCUGAGGUAGGGUUGCUGAGGUAGGGUUGCUGAGGUAGGGUUGCUGAGGUAGGGUUGCUGAGGUAGGGUUGCUGAGGUAGGAUUGCUGAGGUAGGGUUGCUUGAGGUAGGGUGGCUGAGGUUGGGUUGGUGGUUCUGUAAAGGUAGAUUCCACAAUAUGAUAUCCUCAUCAAAACAUAGUGUAAAUUGGGAAAGGCUGAUAAUGCCUGUUAAGUUGAUUAGUCUCUUGUUGCCCCACUGUGUAUGGUAAUGUCAUAUUGCAAAGUCUAUCAUUUACAUGUUAUUUAUGAGGCCAGUGCAGCUUUUCUAUAAACUCUAAAUAGUGUAGAUAGAUGUAAAGAUAAUCAAUUAUGAAGAACCAUGAUGGCACAUAUUUAUACUCUAAGUAUUCCUUGUUUAAUGUAAUUUUUUUGCUAAAUAUUUUAUUUAAGAGUUUAUUUUUAUGAAGUUCUAUUUUUACAGUUUGGUUUAUGUACUAUGAUUGCAUCAAAUUAAAUGGCAUUGUUUUUGCUUAGCUAGGGAUGUAAAAUAUAAGUCUCAUUUCUGCAAACUCUCUUCUAAAAAAAUAAUUAAAAAAACUUUUGUGAGCAGUCUCAUAUUCAGGAGUUACAGCUGGAAUAUUUUACUAAGUUACUGUAAUUUUGCAUCUCUAGCCAGAGUCCCUCAUUCUUUUAAAAAUGCUUUAUAUUUACAGGAAAUGUUAGGUGAUAUGCCAUCAGAGGAAGACAAAUGGUAAAUGUGCUACGCUUAGCCAGUGUUGGGACUAAAGGGAUUGCUUUUUUGCCAAAUGACAUUGUAGACACACUUGUGUUUAUGUACAUCUGCUGUGGAUGUUAGCCAUUGUUUUUAAUCUUAUUGAAAGGUUUGUGAAAGCUUGAAAAUUGUAGAAAAGCAAGCCCAAUGCAAAUCCACCAUAGGUCAAUUGGAAAGAGAAAGCAGAGACCUCUGUCUUGUGCCUUGACAUUACUCUUUACAAUAAAGGUCCCUUUGUUUUGUAAGUCA